AGAUCCGAUAAAAAAAAAAAAAAAAAAAAAAAAAAAAAAAAAGUCUUGUUCGAGAGAUCUGAAGGAAGAAGAAGAAGGGGGAAGCAGAUAACAUGUCUGCGAUUGUUUGCGGGAAGAGAUCUCUGUUUGAGGACUUAGCCGCCGCUUCUCCUCCCGUCUCCAAGAAACUCCGUUGCUUUUCUUCGUCUUCUCCGGCUCGUUUUUCUCAUCCGAUUCCGCCUUCGUCUUCGCUUCUUCUCGAUCACCUCGCCGCGAUUUUCCCCGAUAUGGAUAAGAAGAUUCUUGAGAGGGCAAUCGAGGAAUGUGGUGAUGAUCUUGAUUCAGCCAUUAGAUGUUUGAAUCAGCUUCGUUUAGAAUCUGCCAAUAAGAAUUCAGAUUCUGCUAUAAACCAAUCUCCUGUUGUAAUCCAGGAAGCAAAUGUUGAACCUCAGCAGCAAGGAUCAGCCAAGGAGGAAGUCUUAUCUAAUGGGGAAGCAAAUGUCUUGAACUUGGAUGGUACAGAGUGGGUUGAGCUUUUUGUUAGGGAAAUGAUGAAUGCUUCUGACAUGAAAGACGCCAAAGCCCGUGCUGCAAGAGCAUUGGAAGCUUUGGAGAAGUCAAUCAAUGCACGUACUGGUACUGAAGCAAUGCAAAAUCUCCAACAGGAAAACAUGAUGCUGAAGCAGCAAUUGGAAGCCAUUGUACAGGAAAACAGUUUACUAAAACGAGCGGUAGUGACGCAGCAGAAGCGGCAGAGAGAAUCAGAAGACCAAAGUCAGGAAUUGCAGCAUUUGAGGCAGCUAGUCACUCAAUACCAGGAACAGUUGAGAACUUUAGAGGUGAACAACUAUGCUCUGACGCUUCAUCUGAAACAAGCUCAGCAAAACAGUUCCAUCCCGGGCCGGUACCAUCCAGACGUCUUCUAAUACUUUGUGAGAUCCUCUCGUAUAUCUCAGUGUGUUUCCAAUGUAUUUUUCUCUGUUGGUUUGUGACUAUUAUAUACGAAGUCUGGAAUCAUUGAUGAAUGACGAUAGUUGGGGAACAACAGUGUCUCCACAGUCAAAACUGUGUUUUUUUGUUGUUGUUGUUGUAUAUAUUGUCUUUCGAGUUCGUUGAUGGAUUCCACAUAUAUAAGCUUUAUUGCAAUCAGUUAACAAACA